CUUCGAGUAUUGCUUAAGAAGCAUACAAUAAAAGCAUGCAACAUACUUUCAAAGACUGUGCUCAAAAACUUCUCAAUACAAGUGGAAUAAAAACAAACAAUUUCAUUUUAACCCAAAAAAAUUGGCAAAAUUGCAACAAUAUAUUGUCAAAAAUAUAUUCAAACGAAUAUUUGAAUGAUAAAAAGAACAUAUUUCUUAAGAAAAAUUGGCCAAAUUAAAAAUAAAUAAAAGAAAGCUUCAAAAAAGUUGUCAAAGAUCGGUUAUAGCCUCCCGACAAUAGUACUAUACCAACUGAUCAAGUUUGUUCCGGACUAAUUGAAAUUUUAUUUCAAUAAAUUUCUAUUUUAUUAUCGCCUUUAAAACAGACUUUUUUUGAGCCAAUACAAACAUGCCAACCUAAAUUGCCUUCAGUGAAUGAGUUUUAAUGGUUUUAUAUAGUCAACGCGUUCGCGAAACGAAUUUUUCAGUUUCGAAAUCAGAAAAAAAAUUCAUAGGUGAUCUGUUGAAUACGGUGGAUGAGCGAUGAAUCACAUUUCGUGUUUGAAAAGUCAGUGAUGAUUGUGUGUUCAUGGUGGAAGAUCCAUAAAUUAUCUGUCCACAAAUCCAAUCUUUUACGACGAAUUGCUUCAUGUAGAGGUCACAAAACAUUCAAAUAGUAUUACUUAUUGACAGUACACCAAUGUUAAUUUGUAGUGAACCACACCACUGCAAUCAAAGAAAACAAUGAGCAUGACCCUUAAUAUAAUAUUUGAUCGACAAUGACUGAUUUCGCUUUCGGUUGAUUUUUGUAGCACCUUCCGUAAAAGUCGCCAGACAAGCUUUCCGCAACAAACAACUGGAUAUAUCUAAUCUAUCUGGCGGGACGCCCAACUUUGUUAUUUUUUCCUACCUGUUUCUUGUCAAACAGAGCAGAGAGAUUUCUGAAAUUUCAUGUCAGCAUUUUACGACCAAAUUAGUCAUUUGCAGUUAAGUCCAGGAGGUAUUAUAAUCCUUUGGCUACCUUUGUAGACCCUCUAUUGGGGGGUCGAGAGUUCUGAAAGUAUUUCAAUUUGAAUUUUUGGUUAGUUAUAUGCCUUGAAAAGUUUUGGCUUAGUGUAUUGACAAUUGGUCUGACCCAUGAUCUCAAGUCCUCAUUGAUCAUUCGCAGAUUUCUCUGGCUUCCACAAAUUGGUACUAAUAUUAUCCCUGAUUAAAAAGUAUUUCCUUUGAGGCCUUUCCUUUAAAAUUUUACCGAUUUUUGACAAUUUCUUGUGGAGAGAAAAAAUAAGCAAACUACUUAUCAACUUUACUUUGUAUUCUACCGCAGACAGAUCUAACUGAAUUUUGCAUUUCUUAAAGGAACUCCAUUCAAUAGAAGAACAUGUCAACGCUUCUACGUAUGUCACCCACUCAGGUGAUAUUGCUGGUACUCUGCCUCUUUUGCCUGCAAAAUACUGCACAAAGUUGGGAAUUUUUUCGUCGCCUCCGACAAAAGAAAGCCGAUAAAUUUUGGGCACGCCUAAUUGGACAGAAGACUGUGGAUGAUGUGCAUGAAGCGUUCAAUGGAAACUUGCUCAUUACAGAUUUGGAUCGCAACAUGCGUCACCUUUUCGUCAAUAUACGACGCUACGGCAUGGAACGCGCCGAUAUGGAUCAGGUAUUUGCAAAGAAUCGUGCUGAGGGCAAAAUGCAACCCGUCAUACCGCCAACGGAACCCUUUCCCUGUGAUCUCAGCUAUGCGCGCUCCACAUUUCCACCCGCCUCGGUGCAUGAGCUGCGUCCGGGCGAUAUCGAUGUGAUUGCUUCCGUCGGCGAUUCACUGUCCGCUGGCAAUGGUAUUAUGUCCGAUCGGGUACUGCAUAUUUUAAAUGAAUUUCGUGCAUUCUCCUUUUCGGGUGGCGGUUAUGGUGAUUGGCGCAGCUAUCUGACACUACCGAAUAUUUUACGUGUUUUCAAUCCGAAUCUCUAUGGCUAUUCGACGGAAAAUGAAUUGACGGUGGACAGCACGUCACGUCUGAAUAUCGCCGAACCGAUGAUCAUGUCCCGCGAUCUGCCGUUUCAAGCGCGUGUACUCAUCGAUCGCAUGCGUAAGGAUCCCAAUGUUGAUAUGGAGAAUCAUUGGAAAUUACUCACCAUAUUUGUGGGCAACAAUGACGUUUGCUCGGACAUGUGUCAUCAUGACAAUGCGACAGAGUUUGUACGUAGUCAUGAACUCGAUAUGCGUCGUACGCUCACCUUGCUACGCGACAAUGUGCCACGACUGCUGAUCAAUCUGGUACCGGUACCGAAUAUGGUUGUCACCAUCUAUCCAAUGAAAAAUGUGCCGUUUGGUUGCUUUGCUGUACAUCAUCUCGGCUGUCAUUGUAUAUUCAGUCACGCCGUCGGCGAAAAGGAACUACACGAAGCUUACGAUCGCAUAACACGCUGGCACGAAGUCGAUCAGUAUAUUGUUCAGUUGCAAGAAUUCCAAACAAAUGAUUUUGCCGUUGUAUAUCAACCGUUUACGGCGCAUGUGCCACCACCAAGACUUAAUAAUGGUGAAAUAGAUUACCGUUAUUUUGCUAGCGAUUGCUUCCACUUCAGCCAGUUGGGUCAUGCCGCCAUGGCGAAUACUCUGUGGAAUAACAUGUUGCAACCGGUGGGUCAAAAGCAAGCGAAUAUGGUGCCGCCGUUCAGUCAUUUUGAGUGUCCCACCGACCAGCGGCCCUACAUUGCCACCUUUUACAAUAGUUGGGAGCGGAAGUGAAGCCUUGAAGUUCCUUGUUAAUUUUUUGUGUUUAUCUUAAUUUGUUAGUGAACAAAAUUAUAGUAAUUAUUGUAAAAAUACAACACUUUAGUUUAAGUAAAAUAGUGUUUCAUCCUAAGUAAUGGUGUAAAUAUAAUAAAAAUAAAUAAAAGUUGUUGGAAGUUUA